AUGUUUCUCAUAGGUUCUCAAGAACCUGAGAAAUUCAUUUCACUGACACAGCAUCAUAUUUGUCUUUCAGAAUCAACAAGAAGGAUAGUCGUCCUGGGAAAAACUGGAGCUGGGAAGAGCAGCCUCGCCAACACCAUUUUUGGAGAGAGGUUGUUCAAGAUCGACACCACAGCCAAUUCUGGUACGACCCAAUGUGAGGCGAAAACAAAGAUUGUCAAUGGAAGAGGCAUUGUGUGGGUCGACACCCCCGGGUUCUUUGACACGAAGAGAUCUGAUGAAGAGAUGAAGCCUGAGAUAGUGAGGUGUAUCACAGAGUGCGCUCCUGGGCCUCAUGUCUUCCUCAUCGUGCUUAAAGUGGAGAAGUUCACCGAGCAGGAGCAGGCUGUCAUUGAAAAGCUGCAUCAGUAUUUCUCAGAGGAAGCUUUGAAAUACGCCGUAGUUCUCUUUUCACAUGGCGACCAGCUCAGUGAGGGAGAGAAGAUCGAGCAGUUCGUAGGACAAUGUGAAGGUCUGAGAAAUCUGGUGGAGAAGUGCGGAGGCCGGUGCCAUGUUUUCGAUAACAGAUACUGGAAGAAAAACCAGGAGGAUGAAUACAGAAACAACCAGGUCCAGGUGGAAGAGCUGCUCAAAACUAUAGAUGAGAUGAUCCAAGUGAACAAAGGAGGCUGCUAUACCAAUGAGAUGCUGCAAGGGGUGAAAAGAGACAUACAGCAAGAAGAAGCGGACAUCAGACAAUCGUCUGCAAACAAGUCACCAGAGGAGAUUACACAAAAGGCCAAAGCCAAUGUUUUUGGAAAGCAGAUGUUGAAAUUUGCUGGGGUUACAACAGGGGCGGUCCUAGGAGCAUUUCUUGGUGGAGCAAUGAAAUUAAUGAGCCAAGGGGGACCAACAGUGGCACUGGUGGCAGGCAUAGCAUUAGGGACAGCGGCAGGAGUAGCAGCAGGGGUGGAUGUAACGGGUGGAGCAAGAGCAAAGGUGCAAACUCCUUCUAGGGAUGGUGUUUAG